AUGCCUGCUGGGAAAGAAAGUCUUCUUGGUGCUGUACAAUCACCACCAACUCGAACAUCACCUCGUAAAACCUCUAACAACAACACUACCACGUCCAUCAACAAAUUCUAUCCUACACCAUUAUCGAUGUCCCCUUCUACCUCAUCUAGUAUAUCCAUCUCCGUAUCUACAUCAACGAACAAUGGAAAUGGUAUAGGGUCGUUGAGAUUCCCACCUUCAUUCGAUCCCAAUCACCCUUCUUCAUCUAGGUAUCACUCUACCACCUAUACCCCAUACUCGCCCUAUCGGCCAGGGGAGUACGGUAGGUCCGAAAGGGGUCUGGCAAGUGAUCGGACAAAGAUUGAAAGGAAAUUAUUCGAUGAUGAUGACAACGAUGACAACAAUGACAACAAGGAAGAAGUAGAAGAUGAUAAUGUAAAGCAGCAACAAGAUAAGUUGACUGUAGAUACGAACAAGAAAGAAGGUAGCAGUCCACUUGCACCUGCCUUCCAGGCAAAGAUGGUCUUGAGGAAUGGAGCGAGUAUUGAUUUGAUUUCUUGGCUCCGUACAAACUUCCAUCACCUACCACCUCCUCACACAGUCCUCACACCCUGUAUGCCACUCAAUGGUAUCCGACACCUACUCCUGGAAAGAUUCCCUCGAGCUCCCGAAGUUGAGGAAAUCUCCAAAGCUGUAUUAGCAGCCUUUCCUCACUCACAAUGGGACUAUCCAACUGGUACUUCGUCUGAACCACCCAACAUACGCGGACUGGUAUGGCAUGGUAAAGACAUAACUGAUGAAGAGGAAAUCGAACCUGCCAAGCAGAUUACGACAAAGACAUCCGGUAUCAACGGUGGUGUACAUGGAUCGGCAAAGAAAAACAAACAACAACAAAGUCAAAGUCAAUCAAGAUCACCUACACAGUCUACUCUGGUGUCACCCAUAUCUAGCUCCAAGAGACAAUUACCUGAUACACCCGCUACGCGAUCUGUUUUAGAGGAAUUUGCCGAGAUAGCAACCCUGGCAGAUAAAACGCCUACGUUAAAAGCCAAAUCAUUACCUGGAGAUAAUGAUAUCGAUAUCGAUAUCGAUGUGAAUAAUACGAUGGUGGAAAGUAAGAAACGUCGUGCUAGUCAAUCACCCGAAUCAGGCUUUAGCUCGAAGCAUAGAAGGAGAGCUUCAACACCUGAUAAAUUACAUGGUCUGUUAGCUGCUGCUGAAGCAGUCGAGGGAUCGCCCAUCACUUCUUUAUUGACUGGAUCAUCCACAACCCACAGCAAUGGCCAUAAGAGAAGAAGAACGAUUGGUGGAUUUAGUUCUGCGAAAGAGAUGAUGUCCUCUUCGCAAAGGAAAUUCAACAGAUCUUCCAGAGGUACACUCUCACCGCCUCCUCAAGCAAUAUCAAAAUUCAAUUUCUUACCUCAACUGAAUGAGGAUAUAGAUUACCUCGUACCGUUGAAUGAUACAAUUUCGAACAAUGGUUCCGGUUUAGAACAAGUUGAUGAUGAUCAUGAGGAAGAAGAUGCAAUCUCAACCAGUCUAAGGAGGAAAGCACCCAACUCUUCAUCGACAAGUCAAUCUUCAAUAAUAUCAUCUACUAUCCCUUCUACCUCUACCACUUCUACCACCGGUGGUGGAAGAAAAGUCAAUGAAUUACCUACUGAAGGUGAUGCACCGGGAUACGAUUGUAAACCACCUUAUCCAUAUCAUGAGAUGAUUCGACAUGCGAUUGAAUCUGCUCCCGACUGUAGAUUACAACUAUCUCAGAUUUACUCGUCGAUAGCGGAUAGGUUCCCAUUCUUCAAGACGUUGGAUGAGAAGAAAACGGCAGGUUGGCAGAAUAGUAUACGACAUAAUUUAUCGUUAAAAAAAAUGUUCGUCCGAGUUAACAAACCCGAUGGAACACCUGAUGACUCGGGUGGGAAAGGAGGUUGGUGGACUGUUCAACCUGGUGUACCAGAUGAGGGACGUCCAGGAAGAAAAGCAAAAGCUAAAAAGGCAAAAGCGGAAGCUGAAGCUGAAGCUGGAGCCGGAGCUGAAACAAUGACUACAAUGAAUGGAGAAAUCAACAUUAACGAUAAUAGCUCGAAUUUGACUCAUAUGGGAAUAGAAGAUGUGAAUCUCAAUUACGAUGAUUUCCAAAAUUCAACAUUGUCACAACAACAACAACAACAACAACAACAACCGAUCACAAAUGAGAAAUCGAUAUUACCCACCAUGGCUACUGCGAACCAUCUAACUCAGGUAUCGGUUCAUGAAAUUACGAAUCCUCUGGAGUCGGAUCCGAACGGAUUGAAAUAUGAUAUAUAA